CAUGCUCCAUUACAUACACUUUGUUUAUGCCGCCUCCCCUCCCUAGUAUAGAUAAUGAUGGAUAUUAUUGAUCCGCCUUCAUUUAUUUUAUUUGUUUUAUUUAUAAUUUCGUCGGCCGGGUUUAAAUCCUCGGCCUUCCACGCGGACACUGGCAUGCAACGCCUUCCACACUUGAAGCAGCCAAGCUAAGUGAGGUGAGCUUAGCCAUGCCGACGGCUUCCUCUGCCCACCGCUCACUCCUCCUCUGCCUCUGCCUGGCUCUGCUCUCCAACCCGGUCGCCGCCUCGCCCUCGCCCCGCGGCCUCCGCUUCUCCGCCAAGGACAUCGCGGCGGUGGAGGCCGCGCUGCCGCGACACGGCAGCAGGGCGUCGUCGUCGUCCAAGACCACCUUCUUCGAGGUCGACCGCCCGCUCCGCCCGCCCAGGGGCAGCUCGGGGCCCUGCUCCACGCUGCUGCUCUCGCACUCCUUCGCGUUCACGCUCACCAAGCCGCCCGUCACCGCGGCCUACUCGCCGCCGCCGUGCCUGUCCGGCUCCGACGCGCCGCCGGUCUCGCUCGCCGUGCUCGAGUGGCGCGCCGAGUGCCGCGGCGCGCAGUACGACCGCACCUUCGGCGUGUGGCUCGGCGGCGCCGAGCUCCUGCGCGGCAGCACCGCGGAGCCGCGCCCCGGCGGGGUGGUCUGGUCGGUCUCCAAGGACGUCACCCGCUACGCGGCCCUCCUCGCGGCCGGCAACGCCACGCUCGCUGUCUACCUCGGCAACCUCAUCGACGACACCUACGACGGCGUCUACCACGCCAACCUCACGCUCCACCUCUACUUCCGCCGCGGCGUGCGGCCGUCCGCCGCCGCCGCCGCCGCCGAUGCCGUCGUCCCGGUCUCCAGGAGCCUGCCGCUCAACGACGGGCUGUGGUUCGUCGUCCAGAACGACACCGACGUGCAGUCCGCGCGCGUGUCGGUGCCGCGCAACGCGUACCGCGCCGUCCUCGAGGUCUACGUCUCGUCCCACGACGCCGACGAGUUCUGGUACAUGAACACGCCCGAGCAGAACGGGCCGUUCCGCGAGGUCACCGUCCUGCUCGACGGCGCCGUGGUGGGCGCCGUGUGGCCGUUCCCGGUGAUCUACACCGGCGGCAUCAACCCGCUCAUCUGGCGCCCCAUCACCAGCAUCGGCUCCUUCAACAUGCCCACCUACGACAUCGAGCUCACGCCCUUCCUCGGCAGCCUCCUGGACGGCGAGGAGCACGAGCUCGGGUUCGCGGUGACCAACGCGCAGCGGUCGUGGUACGUGGACGCCAAUCUCCACCUGUGGCUGGACCCCAAGAGCUCCAGGACCAGCGGCGGGCUCGUCGCGUACCACGCGCCGAAGCUGGCGGGCAGCAUCGUGUCGCGCUCCGCGGACGGCGUCGACGGGGAGUACGCGGCGACGGCGAGCCGCAAUAUCACGGCCACGGGGUGGGUGAGCUCGUCGCGCGGCAACGUCACCACCACGUUCGCGCAGCGGCUCAGCUUCUCCAACACCAACGUGGUGAGCGGGCAGGGCAGCGCGCAGGCGAUCAACCAGACGACCGACGCGCUGACGGCCGUCAGCGGCGGGCCCGCGCCCGCGCAGGUGCACCAGAGCUUCCCGCUCUACAUCUUCCUGGGCGGCGACGGCAGCGGCACGUCGUCGCAGCGGCUGAUGCGGCGCGUGGAGAUCGGGUUCGACGAGACGCGGUCCCGGGGAGGAGGAGGAGCAGGAGGAGAGGGCGCCGCGUCCACGACCACGAGCACGCUGCGGAACUCGCAGGUGGCGGCGGCGGAGGUGACGCUCCGGGACGACGCCGUGGUGGGCGCGUCGUGGCGGAUGCACCAGACGUACGAGUACGGCGCCAGCGACGGCGGCUGCUACCUGAGGAACGUCAGCAGCGUCGGUUACGACGUGCUUUUCGACCAUCGCGACGCGUCCUGCGCCGGUACGCUGGGCCGCUGACGCUUGUCGCCGACAGCGAGCGCCUUGUCGGCGCCUCCGCCGCGCGGGCCGCUGGAUAACGGCCGGGGAAGCGACAGGGUGUAAUUUGUAAAUGGAACGCUGCACCGGUGGACAAAACUGUACUGGCUUGGCUCGGCCUGGCCCACGUCCGGUCUUCAAUUAUUAAAUAUACCACGGUGACGGGCCAUUUUCGUGGGCCAAUUAGCUUUUCAUUAAGAAAAGAUGUGACGUGACGUGACGUGAUGCAGCUAGUACACAGGCAGCACUAAAAUGUAAAGAAAACCGCUGGCUAUGUUUAUUUAACAGUACCUGUUUUAUGAAA